AUGUCCCCGCACGCUCGAGCUAGAGGCAGCGCGAAGGGGGCGGCCCGGACGGGUAGGGUGAGAGAGAAGCCAGGUCUGAAGCUGGGGCGGAGCCAGAAGCAGGAGAAAGCAGAACGUGGAGUUUUCCAGGCGCCAAACCUGGGAGCGGCGCAGAGCGAGCGCUGCUCACCACUGAUACUAGGUCUCCUGGGGAGAAAGCCCCGAGGACGGAAGUGCGGACCUUCUCCCCCGUCUCCCCUCCCCCAGAGCGAAGGGGGCGCCAGCUCCACUCACGUUUCUGGAAAGGAAAGGAAGUGUCAGAUUGCACCCCACCCACUGGUGUCAGAUGGGCAGCCCAAGACGGUUGCUCUGAAGUUGGAGUUAAAUCUCCUGCCUUCUUCCCCCCCCAACCCCCCCGCUGUUUUUGUUUUUAAAAAGGAAGGAUAG